GUAUAAAGCAGCUUAGCUCAGCGAUGUUUUAACCAGUAAUUGAAAAUGUUCGAUAAAUACACUGUGCUCUUGGUUAUAUUGGGGCUACUUUAUUUCGUUGGAGCUUAUCAAGUGAUACCAUUUAUUGAAGAUGGAAUACAAGAUUACUUGAAUAUUAUGACAGAUCCAUUCGUCAAAAUCGGUCAAGGCCAUUAUUACAUUGACACCAGGGAAAAGAAGAACUGGUUUGAUGCAUCCGAGACUUGUCAUCGGAUAAACGCCCAUCUAAUAGCUUUUGAGACCAUCGAAGAAUGGGAUUUGGUUAAUCAAUAUCUGCUUAAAAAUCAGAUUAAUGAUAUAUACUGGACUUCGGGUGCGGACUUGGCGAAUCAGGGAAAACAUGAUUGGUUUUAUUACAAUGGAAAUGAGCAUUGUGGCGAGUUGCGUGGCCGACAAGCCCCAACUAAUUACAACUCAACUAAUGACAGCCAAUGUGUAUCAGACAGACACUACAUUUGUGAGAAAUCAUACCCAAUAACAGCUUCGCUUGUUUCCUGGUAAUAGAAAAUAAAUUUAAAGUAAAUCUGUUAA